GUCACUGGUGCGCGCGCAUAUCACGGGGAGUUCGAGAUCAGCUGUAGAAGAAGCAAGACGUACUUUGAUAUACUGCUUAAUAAAAGACCUCACGUGUGCUUUCCCUAAAGUUAAUGAUGUCUGACUUUGGAGAAUGUUUGGAACGAGCAGGGGAGAAGAAGGCCUUGGUAGCGAGCCGGAACCUUAUAAGGGAAUUAGGUCUCUCCGGGCUCUCAACGGAGCGUCAAAUGGCCCUGUUGCAGCAGCAGGUCGCCAUUGCGAAGAGCCAAAACCAACGACAGUGGUUGAAGACUGUGGCUGUAGAAGCUUGCGAUUUGCAGUUUCAGUCAGACCAGUGGGUGGAUGAACAUAUCUUCAAGAUCCCCCACAAACAGAAGCCCGUCAGUGAGAUGCCGGCUGGUCCCUCAAAGGACAUUCGUCUUGAGCAGGAUCCUUCCCUGGAGCAGGUUCUCGUGAACUUCGCAGAGGCUUCACUUGAACCAGAAAAUGCCUCAGUAGAGAUGGUGGAGGCAGAGGAGGAAGCUUUGUUGGCUGAGCCGACAGAGGAAGUGCAGGAGCCGUUGCCGCCAUCCCCGCGUCGAAGUCCACGCAGGAAGCCUGUAAGUCAGGCUAAGAGUCCACAGAAGGCCACCACUAGGAAUGCUCCAAAAGAGAAAACAGAGCACAAAGUGCUGAAAGAGCCGAUGACGAGGCAUAGUUCCUUAAGGGACUCCUCACGUCGUAGCUCUGGUUCGGGUUAUCGUUCCUCUGGGGACUAUUCCCGUUCCAGGGAGCAACCUACAAAGAGGCAGCGAACGCCAGAUAAGAAUCGGAGAUCACCAGAAGGCCAAAAGCCGACUGGUCGUCAAAGGUCUUACCAGCCCAGAUCACGGCCUAUUGAUUCCGGUACUAGGAGUCUUAGGCGCGUGAGUCCUGCUAGACAGCCAGCCAAGAAGCAGCGCGUAGGAAACAUCUGCUGUGUGGCCGGAUGCGGCGCAGUUCCUUCUAGGGCCCAUGCUUUUGAGGCCCAUGUUCCAGGCAUCUUCAAUGAGGAGCAGAUCCUCACUGAAAAGGUGACCACGCAGCGCCUUACUGCCCUGAAUCUUCAGGCCAUGCAGCUGAGUCGCACCCCGGACUUGCAGUCCCUGGUUAAUUUCAUUAACCUAGCGGGCCAAAUCAGGGCAGAUGAGAUACAAAUAAACAACAGGAGUAGGGCCUCAGUACUGGCCCUUUGUGAUGCUCUCGAAGUGCCUUGUCCGGAGGUGCUUUCUCUGUCCCCUAUUUCAACCCCUGGUUUAUUGCUCCACUGGAGAGCUCAGAUUGUUAUAUGCAGUCUAUUAAACCAGUCCAAAAUGGAAGACAUGAUGAAGGCCUUUCCAGCUGUGGAGUGCCUGGAAGUCCCCAUGGCAUGGGAUAGUCAUUUCCAUGCUGACCGUACAGCGGAACGGGCCAAGAUGGGGAUAGAUGAUUUACAGGCUCUUGUCGAUUCGGCACCCUGUAUCCCUUCUCUGAAGGUCAAGGUAACUGGCGGAGUAGCGGUGUUCUGUGACGUGAACAGUUACCCUACUCAGCUAGAUGUGGAUAGGCUACGUCAGCAAGGUGUUGUGGUGGCUGUUGGUAUCCACCCGAAGCAUGCUGCAAAGUUGACCGAGAAAGAUUGGUCAGCUUUUGAGGCAGCAUUGGCGUUAUCGGGUGUUUCUGCCUUGGGUGAAGUAGGCCUAGACUAUACUUCACAGCCAUCCACAUGGGGGAUCCAGCAUUCUGUUCUCCAUCGGGCCCUUGAGUAUCUUCGCCCAGAUCAUGUUCUGGUACUCCAUAACAGGCCAGACAAGCGCAAUGCUGGGGAUGACAUGCUGCAGCUUUUGUUUCAGCUAAAGGGCUGCAUCCCAACUGAGCAGAGGAUUCACCUGCAUUGCUUUUCCGGAAGCCAGUAUGCAGUGGACCAGUGGAGUAGGCACUUUCCCAAUACCCACUUUGGGUAUACUACUUCAUUCUUGACCUAUGGGGAAAGUGCCAUUCAAGCUCUGCGAAACAUGGAUGAGUCCCGUUUCCUCCUGGAGACUGACUCUCCAUACUUCGGAAAUAUAAAAGCAAGCCACACCACACCUGGACAUCUAGGGAGUAUUGCCAAUGCUGUUUCAAAGAUCAGACAUGCACCAUGGCAGGAUGUGUUGAAGACAGCCAAUACCAAUGGUAGGAGGCUGUAUGCAGUAUCCUGA